ACGUCAGCAGAAGGCGCCGGUGACCACGUGUUGUAUAUGUGUGUACGCGUCCUGCAGCAGCGAUGAGCUCCGAGGUGCAGAAGGGUAAGAAGAGAGGGAAGGCGCAGUAUGUGAGCAAUGCCAAGCGGUACAAGGCGGGCAGGCAGCUGGAGGUGGGCAUGCAGGGCAUUCUCAUCACCUGCAACAUGAAUGAGAGGAAGUGCGUCGGGGAAGCCUACAGCCUUCUCAAUGAGUAUGGAGACCUGCUAUACGGCGCUGAGAAGCUAUGUGACAAAGAAGACAAGCUGUCGGGCAGUGAAGAGGAAGAAGACGACGACGAUGAUGUUGAAGCAGCUUUGAAGAAAGAAGUUGAUCAGAUUCGUACCUCAACUGAAAAGAAUUUACGCAGAUUUCAGUCCAUAGACAGUGGGGCUAAUAAUGUUGUUUUCAUCAGGACCCUUAAUGUAGACCCUGAAAAGUUGGUUCACCACAUUUUAAAAGAUCUGUACACUACAAAGAAGAAGAAGACACGCGUAAUCCUUCGCAUGUUACCCGUCACCGGUACAUGUAAAGCUUUCCCCGAGGAUCUUAAAAAAUAUGCAGAGACUUUCUUUCAGCCUUGGUUUAAAGCUCCCAACAAAGGAACUUUUCAGAUUGUCUAUAAGGCAAGAAAUAACAAUCACAUGAACAGGGAAGAGGUCAUCAAGGACCUUGCAGGAGUUGUUGGUAAUCUGAACCCAGAGAAUAAAGUGGACCUGAGUAACGCGGAGUACACCGUUGUAGUGGAGAUUAUCAAGAAUGUCUGCUGUCUGAGUGUGGUGAAGGACUACAUCCUGUUCAGAAAGUAUAACCUGCAAGAAGUGGUAAAGAGUGCCCAGGAAGAAAAGCCUCAGGACCCACCCAGGGACGAGGGAAAGGAAAAAGCACAAGAGCAAAACAAAGAUGACUCUGUAGUGGGCUCUGAUGCCUAAGAACCAUGUACGUGUAGGGUCCUGUUGGGGCAAAGAACAACAGACAAUUGUAAUGUUUUUAAAUUUAAUGACAAACGUAAUUUGUUUAAGAAAACGGUUGUUUUUUUAUUUUAUUUUUAAAGGUAGAAACAUGCAAUCUUUUGUUGGCUUAGUAAAUUAAAGCAGACCUGUCUGUAGUCUGUUUAAUAUGCUUAUAAGGAUUAAGUUCCCAGUCAACGUUCACUGGCAUACAGAGAGUCCAGGGUUACGCUUUCCCUCACUAGUAAUCAAAGGGGAUAUUCACCAUAUCGUGACUUAAGUACUUACCUGACAGUUAGUAAUGGUCAUGCUUAGGAAGGAUUCAUGCUGGUCUUGGGGUUAAAUGGAGUUGUGAGUCCACUAUAACGCGAAGAUCACUUAGGAAUCAAACGCAGCUACAGACACUAGGGGGAGAUAUAUCAAAACCUGUCCAGAGGAAAAGUUGCUGUGUUUCCCAUAGCAACCAAUCAGAUCGCUUCUUUCAUUUCUGAAAAAUGAAACAAGCAAUCUGGUUGCUAUGGGCAACUCAGCAACUUUUCCUCUAGACAGGUUUUGAUAAAUCUCCCCCCAAUAAAAAUAUUUGAACUAUUUUACGAACUACACUAAUUUUACAGCCCCUGUACCACAGUCAGAUAAAAGAAAAUCUGGAAUUCCCAUUUAGGAGGAAAUGGCCGGCUUACCCUGGGCUCUUUCUGUGAGACGUUUUCUGUGCACUUAAGCCAUAGUUAUAUAGUAGCAAACAGGCUGCUUACCAGUAUAAUAAAGUUUACGGCGAGUCUGUAGUAAACUGCAAGAGCAUACGCAGUUUACUACUGACCACACACACACACACACACACACACACGCUCAAGAAGCAGUAUAUCGUAGGGGUGGUGUAAUGAGCGUAGUUUUAGAUAGAGGAGCUGUUCUCACAAUAAACAUUAAGCAACAUGGAGCAGGUGGUUGGAUCGUACUGACGAGGGAGGGAGACUUUGUAAGUCUCCCUCCCACUGGUGUCUGUAUGAUCCAUCCGCCUGCUCUAUCCGCGAUUAUUUACAGUUUACUGCAAGUCUCCUUUCCUCCGCUGUCCAUAUGAUUCAUCACCCUGCUGUAUCUGCGAUUCCUUACAGUUUACUGCAAGUCUCCCUCCGCUGUCAGUAUGAUCCAUCCGCUAGUUUAUUACAUAUGAUCCACAGUUUACUGCCAGUCUCCCUCCCUCUGUCUAAAACUAUGCUCAUUAUGCAGACUACGCUAUCACUUUGCUCCCUAAGCGGAGAGAGUGUACGGCCAAACCAAUCAGGAGCUGCAGGGAGUGGCCGAAAGGUUGUAUGGCAUCGUAGUUUACUACGGACUCGUAAUACACUUUAUUACACGGGCCUGCUUUAAAGCUGUUAUCCCAAGAUAGAAAUGAUCCACUAAGUAGCUGAUCAGACCACUGUCAUGAGAAUGGAGGGCCCAUAUCCCCAAAGUUAAUGGAUCACUAGCACACUCACUUAGCAUCUGCUUCUUUCACUCUUUUAAAUGCUGCUCGGUGCUGCACUCGAGCCCUUAUAGAGAGCGAUUAGAGUGGUGGCCAAGCAUACGCGCUGUUGCGUCAUUUACUUGGGACAAGACCCCUACUGAGUUUCUGUCAUCAGUAGGGCUACAAUCAGCUAUUUAUCAUGUGACUAGGGGAUAAUAUUAAUCUUAUAAGCCCUUUCAGCACAGGUUGUUGCUGGUGUUUUUUUUCCUCUCCAUUUGUUUCUUUUCUGAUUUUCAUAAUUUUAUUAGUGUCUUGGUGCACAUAGAAUGUCUGGGGAGUGAGGUAAACUGUGUGUUUAGCAAUGGACUUGUCAGCUCUGUAAUUUUGGAGGGAGGGUGCUGUGUUUCUUUAAAUUUGAUGUGACUGUAUAAACAUUUUCUUAUUACUUGUGCAAGAACAGUUUUAUUUGUUUUGGAUAGGUUUUUUUUCUCUACUCAUUCAUAGGUCUGUGAGCUGAAAGCCCUAUUAGUCACUACAAUUGUGGCCUAAGAAGCAAAUCUGUUUACUUCCUAAAGGAAGAUCUGUUGCUGCACUCUAUAUCCAAACUGACAGAUGAAUAUACAUUUCCGGCAGAGUGCUGUUGGCGUCCUGUCUCACAGACCUACUGUUUACAUCGCACAGAAUGGAAUUGUAUGUAGUGCCAUCCAGUGAUUAGUGGUCCCUUGUUUAUUUUAGAGGAGCUUUACACUCUCCUGACAUAUCUGCUGUAGUAGAUAUUUGUAUUCCGUAUGAAAAGGCAGUGCUUGCGCAUCGUACAUGUUGUGCUGAUCCUUUGUUCUUACUGGAAAUAAACUAGAUAAAUAAGCCGUUACCUCUUUUCCUAUUUUUCUUUUCAGUAGAAUGUGUCCCUAUAUGGUCACCAUUCAGUGUCAGUAGGCACACAAAUUGUAUUAGAGUGUUCGUAUCUUUGUUUAUACGUUUUCAGGCAAAAAAAAACAGAGGAAUGGCCCAAUGCAGCAUUGGUAUUUUAUGGAGAACACAAGGCAGACGUGUCAGGAGAGCGAACAGGUCCUGUUUUAUACAACAGAUUAAAGGAGUGGACCGACUAUUAACUUCUUUGUGAAAACUGGUCAGGGAUGGGGUGAUUUAAAAAAAAUAUAUAUAAUAAUAAACUCUUACUUGCCCCUGCAUCACUGCUGGUAUAGCGCCGGAGCUCCGGUUACUGCCGUGUGCAGCUUCUGAGUUUAGUGACUUAAUGCCACACACCCGCUCAUCCAAUCAAAGGUCACAGAGAUGUCCCACCUUGGCCAAGCAGACGUGUAACGUGUUUCCAAAUCUUGUGGUGCCGGAGAGUGGGGUGCAGAGUUCUGCUACUCUGACUGUGACAUGGGAGAGAAGAAGAUAAGGGCGCACUCUUUUGUUUACUUGCUUCCUCCCUGGCCAGUUUGUGAAUUUCAUUACCUGAAUUGUGCUUGCCAAUACUUUUGCAGGCAGUAGUUAAAGAGAACCUGUCAAGCCCCAGGUGCCCCACAUGCCAUCAGUUAGGCUUAACUGGUGGUCUGAGUACAGGGCAAAUCCCUGCACUCAGGUUGUUAAACAAGCCUGACUGAUGGGAAAAGGGCAUGGUACCAUUCAAAUAUAGCUUAGAUUUAUGUGGAAUUGUAUAGGCAGAGAGCAGAGGUCUUUUAAAAAUGUAGCAGAAAUAUGAUUUAGUAACUUUAAAACAUUUAAAGUUUAUUACAUUUUGAGUACAUAAGUGUAGGUUGGCCUCUUUUUAUGAAAUAGCUUUUUCAAAAGAAAGUUUUUUUUCCAUUGUUGUAAAUAUAUGUAUUUUUUUAAGCUUAGUUUUUCAUAAUUUUAUUAUUAUGAUAUACAAAGGCAUCAGCUUUAACAGAAAAAUAACUUAUUUACAUCCCGUUUAAUAAUACUGAUGGGUUUCAUGAGACACAG